UCAUUAAUGAACAUAAGCAACUACAUAAUGAAAAUACUAAUCUUAUUUCUCAUAAUGCACAAAAGAAUAUUUUUAUUGCUGAAUUCAAAGCUGAGAAUGUUACAAAAUUCAAGAAAAUCAAAUCACUCAAGUCUAUGAUCAAAAUAUUAGAAAUUAAGUUGUCUUCAGCCCAGAAAGAUGUAAUUUCAAUUCAAAAUGACUCAUCGAAAAAAGAAUCCAAGAUCGCAUCUCUCAAAUCAAAAAUAGCUGAAUUAGAAAAUAUAAAGAGCGAAUUGGAAGAAGUGAAGCCUUGA